GUUUGAAUUCCAUUGGACUUGACAAUGGAGCCCGGGGCAGGAUCGUGGGAAGGGGACUUCUCAAUGGACAGAGAACUGGCUUUGAAUACUUUCCAAAGACGCAGUGGAGCUAAAAGAGACUCAUCAACCACUCUGGAUACUCAUCUUUAAGCGAUGUAGAGCUUUUUACUUUGUUUUUCGACCAUUUGCAGCACACUUUAAGCUGUGUUGUAGCGCUUUUAUGGCUUUUUUUUCGAGACGGGGAAAGUUUACUCGCUCUUGUUUGGUUCAGUAUAUAGUCCGGGGAAGUUGAAGUGGGUGUUUAAAAAAAUAAAAAAUAAAAGCCUGGCCGCGUUUCCUGAAGUUAGUGCGGAUAACCUGGGAUCACUGCAGCCGCCUCCCGUGGAAAAGACAGCACUCGGAGUUGGACCCACGCUAUGGGCAACAAAGAAAGCCUCUCAACAACUGGACAAGUUAAUUAGUAACCAGCGAGCAUAUUCAGCAUUUCAAAUUUGUGGAGUCUUAGAGUUGGAGGAAAUGAACACCACGCCAGGAUGGAAAGGGUAUUAUAAAUGAGUCGUUUGGCAAACAAAGGAGGACACCUCUGUUGGACUGAAUACCGCCGUGCAAAGGGAAAGCCUUGCGAGAAAUGGAGGAGGAAGGCUCACUUGAGUCAAACAAGAUACUGGAAAAGUUGUUUGGGAUUUUGCUGCUCUGUGGCGGCGGCGGCGGUUCUGUGGUAUCAUCUGAUUGCAAAGCAUAUGACGAACGCUCGAAAAGCGGUGGGAAAAGCCUGCCGUCCGACAGGAAAGUAGUGUGCAGCAACAUGGAGCUCCAUCAGGUGUUACCCCCGGACUCCUUCCCCAACAGGACAGUCACACUAAUUUUAAACAACAAUAAGAUACAAGAACUCAAAAAUGGAUCCUUCUUUGGAUUGUCUACUUUGGAAAAAUUGGACCUGCGGAGUAACAUGAUCAGUCGUAUUGAACCAGGCGCUUUCCUCGGAUUGCCAGCACUCAAAAGACUAGACUUGUCUAACAACAGCAUCGGCUGUCUUAACGUAGACAUCUUCAAGGGCCUCACCAGUCUGACCAGACUAAACCUUACAGGGAACAUGUUCUCUUCAUUGGCUCAGGGGACCUUUGGCAGCUUGGUGUCUCUGAAGUCAUUGGAGUUUCAGACACCUUACCUGCUGUGUGACUGCAACCUUCUGUGGCUGCUGCGUUGGAUCAAAGAGAGGAACAUAGCGGUCAAGAACACGAAGUGCUCAUACCCCCAGUCUCUCCAGGGCCAGCUUAUUACCUCCAUCAGGCCGGAGCUCCUCACCUGCGACGCUCCACUUGAGUUGCCCUCCUUCCAGCUCACUCCGUCCCAGCGUCAGGUCGUCUUUCAGGGAGACAGCCUGCCGUUCCAGUGUCAGGCCUCCUUCGUGGCUGAAGACAUGCAGGUGCUGUGGUACCAGGAUGGCCGCAUGGUCAAGCCCGACGCCGCCCAAGGAAUCUUCAUUGAAAAGCGCAUGGUGCAGAACUGCUCUCUAAUUGCUAGCGCGUUGACCAUCUCAAACAUUCAGCCUGGUUUUACUGGGAACUGGGAGUGCCGGGUCUGGACAAGCAGGGGCAACACCACCAGGACUGUCCACAUUGUGGUGUUGGAGAGUUCUGCUAAGUAUUGUGCUCCUGAACGCGUCUCCAACAACAAGGGAGAGUUCAGGUGGCCACGCACCCUGGCAGGGAUCAGAGCCUACCUCCCCUGCAACAGACUGCCAUCGAGUGCAGGCACCUACUCGGGCAGCUCAGGUGACGAGCAGCGGGCGUGGCGCUACUGUGAUCGCGAGGGGCUUUGGGCAGAAGACGACUACUCCCGCUGCCAGUUCCAGAAAGAUGUCACAAGAUUUCUCUAUGUCAUCAACCAGAUGCCUCUGAAUGAGAGCAGUGUGGUGGCCAGGGCCCAACGCCUGUUGGUCUGCACAAACGAUGCUGCCAACUUCUCAGACAAGAUGGACAUUAUCUUUGUGGCUGAGAUGAUUGAGAAGAUUGGCAAGUUUGUUGAGAAGUUUAAAGAUCUGGGUGAGGUGAUGGUAAGCAUGGCCAGUAACUUGAUGCUGGCCGAUGAGAGGGUGCUCUGGAUGGCUCAGCGUGAAGCCAUGGCCUGCUCCCGCAUCAUCGCCUGCCUCCAGAAAAUUGCUGUCUACCGUCUGGCCACAGCACAGGCCUUCUCCCUGACAUCGCCCAACAUAGCACUGGAGACUCACGCUGUCAGAGCCAACGACUGGAACGGCAUGGCCUGCAUGUUGUUCCAGAGGCCCAGCCCUGAGCGCACACCUGGGCAGGACCGUCAGCUCACCUUCAAAUGCAACACAACCAGCUCCUUCUCCAGCAUCCUUCACAAGAGCACCAUCGUGGAGGCUUCCCUGCAGCUUCCUCAGUCUCUCUUUAGCCAGGCUGCACUCCCUGGGCAGGCUGAGGACACAGUGUACAAGCUCCAUCUACUGGGCUUUCGCAAUGGCAAGUUUUUUCCCUCCACCGGCAACUCCUCCCAACUGGCCGAUGGUGGGAAGAGGAGGAGUGUGGCCACCCCUGUCAUCAUGGCCAAGAUAGACGGCAUGUCCCUGCGUGUCCUGAGGACGCCCGUUAACAUCACCCUGCGGCGGUUUGUUCGCGGCUCAGACGCUGUGUCCGCCUGCUGGAACUUGAGCUUGGUGGGAGGCCACGGAGGAUGGCAGAGCGAUGGCUGCCACAUCCUGGGCCAUCAUGACAACUUCACCACCAUAUCCUGCAACUCUCUUGGCAACUAUGGCCUGCUGAUGGACCUCAGCAAUGUGGAGUAUUUCUCUCCAAGCAUCCAGCCCCUGCACCCAGUCAUCUACGCCACUACUAUCAUACUACUUCUCUGCCUGCUCAUCAUUAUCAUCAGCUACAUCUACCAUCACAGGUCUGUCCGUGUGAGCCGCAAGUUUUGGCACAUGUUGGUCAACCUGUGCUUCCACAUCUCCCUCACCUGCGGGGUCUUCGUAGGUGGCAUAAAUCAGACGCGAUAUGCAAGCGUCUGCCAAGCAGUGGGUAUCUUGCUGCACUAUUCAACUCUGGCUACCGCUCUGUGGGUGGGUGUAACUGCACGCAACAUUUACAAACAGGUGACGCGCAAGGCCAAGCGCUAUGAAGAGCUGGACGAACCUCCGCCACCACCGCGGCCUAUGCUGAGGUUCUACUUAAUCGGCGGAGGGAUACCCAUCAUUGUCUGUGGGAUCACUGCAGCAGCUAACAUCAAAAACUACGGCAGUCGGACCAAUGCACCAUAUUGCUGGAUGGCAUGGGAGCCUAGUAUCGGGGCUUUUUAUGGCCCAGUUGGAUUCAUCAUCUUUGUGGACUGCAUGUACUUCCUCAGCAUCCUGCUCCAGUUGCGCCGCCACCCUGAACGCCGUUAUGAGCUCAAGGAGCCGGCCGAAGAGCAGCAGCAUCUGGCUUCAGCCAACACAGAGUCCGGGCCAGAUGGUCCCAGCAGCCACUUCCACCCCCUCACUCUCCAGCUCCAGCCUCACGAGGCGUCGUCCUCCAUAGUGUCCGCUCCCCACGCUGUGCCCCUGUCGGCCCUGGAGAACGAGCACACCUUCGCGGCUCAGCUGAUGGGCGCCGCAGGGGCAUUAGGACUGUACGCGGCCCUCUGGGUGUUCGGCGCCAUGGCUGUAUCACAAGACCACCCCUUUGACUUAGCUUUCACCUGCCUGUUCGGGGUGGUCGCACUGGCACUGGGGGCGUUCAUGGUGGCGCAUCACUGUGCCAACAGGCAGGAUAUGAGGCGCUAUUGGUCCCAGGCUUGUUGCUCUGGGAGACGAGCCUACUCUGCACAGGAGGAUGUCCUUCUGCCUCAGCCAGGCGUGGCAAUGACAUCCACAGCAGGAUCUGCUGACAAGGCAGAUGGGGAGUCAACAAAGUGCGGCCACAGCAGUGCAGACUCUUCUUACACAAAUAAGAGCGCCCCAAGCAUGCGCAACUCUGCCCAUGGCAGCAAGCUGACCAAUCUGCACGCAGAGGCAGCUCAGUGUAAGUCUGCCUCGGCACCAGUGACAGCCAACGGUGCAGCCGUUUUGGACAACAGCCUGACUGAACAUUCACUUGACAAUGAAAUUAAAAUGCACAUUGCACCAGUUGAGGUGCAGUUCCGCCCGAUGAACAACAUCAACAACCCGACAGCUGCCACUAACGGACACACAAGCAGGCAUCACAAAAACAGAGCGCGAGCGCACAGGGCGAGCCGGCUAACUGUGUUGCGAGAGUACGCCUACGACGUCCCCACCAGCGUGGAUGGCAGCGUGCAGAGCGCCCCCCACAGGCGGCACCACCAUUACGACGUAGCAGCGCGCAACAGUCGACGGGCAGCCUACAUGGCUUACAGAGAGCGGCAUCAGAGCCAGCUGCAGCAGGACAGCAGUGACAGUGCGAGCCUGCCACGCCGCUCCCGCUAUGCAGAUAAAGGAGGUGGCAGCACCCUGGGGAACGGGAGUGUGGUAACUGUAGAGACUGAGCAGGCAGCGACUGCUGCAGCGUCAAGCUCAAGUAAAGACUCUGGUCCUGUAAAGCAGCCCAGCAGCACAGAACUAGAAAGCCAACCCAAGUCAUAUGGGCUCAACCUCAUCACUCAAAAUGGUGGCACACUUAAAGAAAAUGCACAGCUAGUGCCUUUAAUUAACUCAGACAGUGCAGCCAGUAUAAAGACUGGCUUGUGGAAACAUGAAACUACUGUGUAGCGACAGUUUCCGGCCCAAAGACUGCAUUGUGAUAUGCUCUCUCCUUUAAACUGUGAAGUGUCUUUUUAUUUUUUUCGAUUUGUACAUUUUUUUUAAAAAUGUACAAUCAAAUCAUUACUGCCACUGAACUGUCUUUGUAGAUAUGUUUUUGUAAAUGGUCUAUUUUUAUAACUUUUAAUCCAAACCUUUUCAUUCCGUUUAAGAGUUCUGUUAAUGAAACUGCAUAGUCUGAGCUGUGGCCCUGUGCAUGCCCUUACCCCGGGGAUUUUUCCCCCCAUUUUCAAGUUUGUCCCAACAAUAAUAAAACAAAAGUUGCGUUUA